CUUCGGCCGGUUUGCAGCUCGGCGGCCGCCGCGCCAGCGCCCUCCCGCCCGCAACCCGUGCAGACAGGCCGGGCGGCCGAGGGAGCUUGGCUCGUGCCUGGUGCCCAGCUCCCGAGUAAACGGCGCACCGAGCGGCGAUGACCGCCGAGGAGAUGAAGGCGGCCGAGAGCGGGGCGCAGUCGGCGCCGCUGCCCCUCGAGGGAGUGGACAUCAGCCCCAAGCAAGACGGAGGCGUGCUUAAGGUUAUCAAGCGAGAGGGCACGGGCAUAGAGUUGCCCAUGAUUGGGGACCGAGUCUUUGUCCACUACACUGGCUGGCUGUUAGAUGGCACCAAGUUUGACUCCAGUCUGGACCGCAAGGACAGAUUCUCCUUUGACCUGGGAAAAGGGGAGGUUAUCAAAGCUUGGGACAUUGCCAUAGCUACCAUGAAGGUGGGGGAAGUAUGCCACAUCACCUGCAAACCGGAAUAUGCCUAUGGUUCAGCGGGCAGCCCUCCAAAGAUCCCUUCCAAUGCCACGCUUGUGUUUGAGGUGGAGUUGUUCGAGUUUAGGGGAGAGGACCUGACAGAAGAGGAAGAUGGCGGAAUCAUCCGGAGAAUACAGACUCGGGGCGAAGGCUAUGCCAGGCCCAAUGAGGGCGCUCUCGUGGAAGUUGCACUGGUGGGGUACUACCAGGACCAGAUCUUUGACCGGCGCGAGCUCCACUUUGAGGUUGGUGAGGGGGAGAGUCUGGAUCUGCCUUGUGGGCUGGAGAAAGCCAUUCAGCACAUGGAAAAAGGAGAACGUUCCAUUGUGUACCUCAAGCCCAGCUAUGCUUUUGGCAGUGUUGGGAAGGAAAAGCUCCACAUCCCACCAAAUGCUGAGCUGAAAUAUGAAGUACACCUCAAGAGUUUUGAGAAGGCCAAGGAGUCUUGGGAGAUGAAUUCAGAGGAGAAGCUGGAACAGAGCACCAUAGUGAAAGAGCGGGGCACUGUGUACUUCAAGGAAGGCAAGUACAAGCAAGCUGUACUGCAGUACAAGAAGAUUGUGUCCUGGCUGGAAUACGAGUCAAGUUUCUCUAAUGAGGAUGCUCAGAAAGCACGGACCCUUCGGCUGGCCUCCCACCUCAACCUCGCCAUGUGUCAUCUGAAACUACAGGCCUUCUCAGCUGCCAUUGAAAGCUGUAACAAGGCCCUGGAACUGGACAGCAGCAACGAGAAGGGCCUUUUCCGCCGGGGAGAGGCCCACCUGGCGGUGAAUGACUUUGACUUGGCACGGGCUGACUUCCAGAAGGUCCUGCAGCUCUACCCCAGCAACAAAGCUGCCAAGGCCCAGCUGGCUAUCUGCCAGCAGCGGAUCCGCAAGCAGCUUGCACGGGAGAAGAAGCUGUAUGCCAACAUGUUUGAGAGGCUGGCUGAGGAAGAAAGCAAGGCCAAGGCAGCAGUAGCUGCUGGAGACCAUCAUGCUGACACAGAGAUGAAGGACGAACAGAAGAAUGAUGUGGCAGGGAGCCAGUCUCAGGUGGAGACGGAAGCAUAGCCUCUCCCCAGCCCUGCUCCUGCGGCUGCCUGCCUCCCCUGCUCCCUACCCUACUCCACCCUGUUAGUUUUGUAAAAACUGAAGAAUUUUGAGCGAAUUAGACCUUUAUUUUUCUAUCUGGUUGGAUGGUGGCUUUGGGGGAAGGGGGAAAGGAGCAGGCUAGGGGAUUAAGGUGGGGGAUCAUUUUAGGUGGCACCCUCUCUUCCCUUCUCCCUUCCCCCAUUACGCUGAACGAAUGUCCAUCCACGUGCACACUCAUCAGAAUGUUAAUUUAUUUUGCUUCCUCUG